UUCUUAUAUCACUAAUUAAUGAUACUAUUUGAAUCAGUCACAUCUGUUCUUCAAAUCGGCAGUGUUAUUUAACUGUAAUAUCCAGAAUAGAACCGAUUUUUACACCGCUUUUUCAUAGUGCAUCUGAUGAAAACGACCGAGAGGGGUUAUCUACUCCUCUCACUCGAACAUGAUCUCGAGGAGCAAACUUACACAAGUGAAAUCCAGUUUAUUUUUAAUGAUAGUAUAAAUAAGUGUUGAUGACUGUGAUGCAUCUGGCUAGAGCUCCCCAUGCGCAUGGAUGCGGUAACUGCAGCGGUUCUGGGCGUGCGCACACCCAGCCAGCUGUAGGAUGGGGUUGAGGCGAGAGGAGAAUAUUAAACAGGCACCUCAUGGCUCAGCAUCAUCACCGGGCUGAGUUAGGAUUUGCGCACCCUCCAAACUUGGCUUGGGACCUCAGCAUGUGAACGGGCUUGCAGGAGGAAGGAUCCACCUAUAAUGUCAGCUCUGAAGAAGGUACUGCCAGGCAUACUGCAGAAGCAUUGCUGUAUCUUACCAGAAAGGAACACAGGUGUGAAGCGGUUGCUGAUGAAAUUGAAGAGCAGGGAGAUAUACUCAGACCAGCAGUAUUCAUGGUCGCCCUCGCAGUACUUCGAUGAGGACACCUACUCCCCUCCACCCAGGAACAUGAAGGGUCUCUCCGGUGGCCGCCCUGCCCAGCUCCAGCUCACCUCUCCCGCCUCAGCUCACACCUGCGGCCUGGCUGACUGUGACCACAUCCUGGACCACCACCUCCAUCAUGGCGACACAAGGUCACCCUCCUACCUCCUCAGCCCCACCGAGAGCUGCCCCCUCGAGAGCCACCACCGUUGUUCCCCAAGGAGCUCCAUCCACUCUGAGUGCAUGGUGAUGCCAGUGUCCAUGUCGGCCACUGACCACUCCAUCUCUAGUAGCACUUUCCCCCGCAUGCACUACGGCAGUGCUUCACGGGAGAGCGGUGGAAACACUUCGGGUGGCAGGGAGUCCCGGGAUGAAGGUGGCUCGUCCUCGCACGGCGGCAGCGGCAAAAUGAACCGGAUCCCAGCAAACCUCCUGGACCAAUUUGAAAAGCAGAUGCCGCUGCACCGGGACGGCUUCCACACACUGCAGUACCAACGCACCUCCACCACAACCACAACGACAGAGCAGCGCAACGAAAGCCCGGGGCGAAUACGCCACUUAGUUCACUCGGUACAGAAGCUUUUCACAAAGUCCCACUCUCUAGAGGGUUCCUCCAAGAUGAACGGUACCAAAGGCGACUCGCACCGGGACAACUCGCACCACCACCAUCACCACCACCAAGGCCACCACAAACACAGCAAACGCAGCAAGAGCAAAGACCGUAAAUCUGAGGGCAAGCAACGCUCCGGGGGCUGGUGGAGCUCGGACGAUAACCUGGACAGUGACAGCACGUACAGAACGCCGAGCAUCAUGUCGCGGCAUCCUGUGGACCACAUCAGCCACUGCUACCCUGACUCCAUGCACAGUCACCUGGCAGGAGACCUGUCCCUAAAGACCUCUAAGAGUAACAAUGACGUCAAGUGCUCGGCCUGCGAGAGCAUAAGCAUGGCACCGGAAGGCAAAUUCAUGAAGAGGAGCUCCUGGUCCACGCUAACGGUCAGCCAAGCCAAGGAGGCCUACAGGAAGUCCUCACUCAACCUGGAGAAGCCCAUGACACCCACUGACCUUAAGCCCAACCUCAGGCCCUGUCACUAUCUACAGGUGCCCCAGGAUGAGUGGGGGGGUUACCCCGGCGGCGGGAAGGACGACGAGAUCCCUUGUCGCCGGAUGCGGAGCAGCAGCUACGUCAAAGCCAUGGGGGACGAGGAGAGCGGCGAGUCGGACUCCAGCCCCAAGACGUCGCCUCAGAAGUCGGUGCGACCGGACGCCCUGGUCAAGGCCAUCAUCAGACCCAGGGACCUGCUGGACUCUCAAAGCUCUUACCGCCUGGAUAAAAUCAACAGUGACAUGCGUAACUACAUCACCAAUUUUGCUGCAGACUUAAGUCAGAGCUACCACUUGCAAGCCGCCAGAGACAUGCACCCGAGCAUCGCCCUGGAUCCCUCUGCCAACUACAACUCGCCCAAGUUUCGCUCCAGGAACCAGAGCUAUAUGCGAGCAGUCAGCACCCUCAGUCAGGCUAGCUGUGUUAGCCAAGUGAGCCAGGUGAGUGAAACAGAAGUAAAUGGCCAGUUUGAGUCGGUGUGUGAGUCGGUGUUCAGCGAGGUAGAAUCCCAGGCCAUGGAGGCCUUGGACCUCCCUGGCUGUUUUCGGACCAGGAGUCACAGCUACCUGCGAGCCAUCCAGGCCGGUUACUCCCAAGACGACGACUGCAUCCCCCCCUUGGCCUCCACUGUCACCUCCACCAUUAGGGCCACUACAGGGAUCCAGUUCUGUCUCCCCUCCACCUGCAGCAUUGAUCGGACUCCCCAGCAAACCCCAGCCAUCACCUACACACCUAACUACAAGAAGACCCCGCCUCCGGUCCCCCCGCGCUGCACCCCCAAACCCCUCAUCUCCAUCACGGCCCAGAGCAGCACCGAGUCCACGCAGGACGCGUACCACGAGGCGAGGCUCCCUCACGGCGGGAUGUGGGCGCCCGACGGCCUCAGUCUGGGGCUCGCCCCGGGCAGGGCCCUCUACAACUCCACUGACAGUCUGGACAGCGCCAAAGCUGUGACUAUAGCCAUGGAGGCGGCCGGAGUCAUGGCUGGGAAAAGACACCCGUCCACAGACAGCCACAGCUCGGUGCUGACCUGCGACAAGGCCAUCCUGGUGUCCAGGGCUGAGGAGUAUCUCAAGACCCCUCGAUCGUCGAUAGGCAUACAGGUGGAAGCAGCCACCGACUCGGAGUCUGAAAGCAAAGGCUCGCCCGAGUAUCACUCUGUGGGGAUCCAGGUGGAAGACGACAAGAAGGGACAGGGCCGGUUCAAGCGCUCCAACAGCGUGACCGCAGCAGUGCAGGCCGACAUGGAGCUGGAGGGCUUCCCCACCAUGGAGGACAAGGGCCUGCAGUUUGGCGGGGGGUUCCAGCGUCACUCGGAGCCCAGCACACCCACGCAGUACGGAGCGGUGAGGACCGUGCGCACCCAGGGACUGUUCAGCUACCGUGAGGAUUACCGCACCCCCACUGAACCCACCAGCCCCAGAGAGGCGACCAGCGAGGCCCCCUGGCAGCUGGAGCCGCCCUCCCCGCGGGAGAGCACGGUGCUGUCGGUGGAGUCCGGCCGGGCGUCCCCGUCCCUGCGCAGAGACGGCACCUGGUUCAUGCAGCUGCUCCACGCGGAGACCAAGAGGAUGGAGGGUUGGUGUAAAGAGAUGGAGGCGGAGGCCGAGGAGAACGACCUGACGGAGGAAAUCCUGGGCAAGAUCCGGAGUGCAGUGGGAAGUGCUCAGCUGCUCAUGUCUCAGAAAUUCCAGCAGUUCUACUGGCUCUGUCAGCAAAACCUGGACCCCAGUGCCAUGCCGCGGCCCACCUCUCAGGACCUCGCCGGGUUCUGGGACCUGCUGCAGCUCUCCAUCGACGACGUCACCAUGAAGUUUGACCAGCUGCAGCAGAUCAAGGACAACAACUGGAGGCCCGUCGACAGCCCGGAGAAGAAGCAACCAGCUCCAGUACCAAAGAAGACAGUUCGACAGAGGAGCGUAGUGACCAGGGAGAAAUCCUUGGACCUUCCAGACAGGCAUCGACAGGAGGCUCGUCGAAGGCUCAUGGCGGCCAAGAGAGCAGCCUCUUUCCGGCAGAACUCAGCCUCGGAGCGAGCGGACAGCAUCGAGAUCUAUAUUCCCGAGGCUCAGACUAGACUUUGAGAAGACAGGGUCAGGGGCCGACGCGUCUCCCUGCUCCCACGUUCAAACAACUUCAAAACUAGCCUUUUUUCUAGACUGCUACUCUCUUUACUCUUCCUUUAUCCAUCUGUUGUCUGAUCUGGAUUUGCCAUCCUCAGUAAUCAUCGUCAUCAUCGGUCUGCAGGAUGUGCCAAGCCUCUCCUCCCAUCGCCCGAGUACGUGUUAGCAGAGAUGUGUGUCUGACGUGGGUCCGGUUGGGUUUCUCCGUGGUUUGCUGGUGAUCCCGAUACUCGGCCUGUACAAGCUCUCUCUCAUCCGAUGUCCUGGAUGUGGGUACAUCUGUAGUUUUUCAGCAUUUGCAAAGUGCCAUUUAAAAAGUGCAGCUUUGAAAACCUACCAGCAACUAGGCCUUUGAGCUAAACAAAAAAAAAAAAGAGUAAAUGAGAGAAUCUAUAUUUAAUUCAAAAAUGGUCAAAGUUAGUGAACCUUCGGUAUUUUUAGAUGAUUUAAUCUCACGUUGUGACUUUUCCUUUGUUCUUUUUUUGGAGUCAGUGUUAACUACAAGCUAAAUAUCACAAAAAAAAAAAAUGUUGUAAGUUCCAAACUUUGAAAAGUGCCAAUGCUUGAAAUACCUCAACGAUGUGCAUGUGGCACUGAUCACCUGUUCAAGGUUAUUCAGGCAGCCUGUACAAGCUCUGGUCCGGUCAGUGUUGAAAAAUGCAGCUUUCUACCCGAUGUGGUCGUAGUCAAAGCAUCGUUCACGGUCUGGAUUGGUGGAAGAACAAGUCGUCUCAGCUCAUUCACGUGCACAUUUCAAAACUAACUUCCCUAUAUCUCUCAUGUUCCUGUUGCCAACGCUCAAAAUACUGACAUUUACUUGAAGCAGAAAACAUGCAAGUCGUGUGCCAACAUUUUUCAUUAUGUAGAAGACCCAGAAAAAAAAAACCCCAGAAGAAACUAUGACGGUUUGUGUAACUCCUUAGAUCAAACGCACUUAUGCACUUAUAACGAUUCUCUCUAUUUCCAAGGGAAAUGUACAUAUCCAAGUUCACAAUAGUACUGUUGUAUUUUUGAAUUGUGAGGGAAGAAUAUUCAUUAUCUGUUUCUU